AUGGUCGCCCCAGGUAUUGGCGGCCUCGACACGCCGCGAACUAACCUUGGCGAUGCGACAUACCUCAGCCGACAACCCGACUUCGACAUGUCGCAGGAGGUCUCCUUCCAGUCUCCUCCAGCAAAAGAAAAUAAUUUGCUACAGCAAUUGCGCAACGGACGCUCUGGAGGCAUCAAUCUUCGCACCCCACGGGGUCGCGGGCCCUUCGCAGACAGAAAAAACCUACCUGCCGGACUUGGAGGAGCAGAGUUUACCCCUAUGUUGAAGUCGGCCACGCGAAAUAGCAUCCGCCGAAGGUCUGGCAAGGAGAACGGCGCCGUGCCGAACACACCCGCACUGAACAAGAUCGACGAGGAUAUGACGCCAAUUCCCAACAUCGACACCUCCAUGUACCAAUCUCGGUCUUUCAUAGAUCGCACGCCGCUUCCCGAAGUCGACAGCCCAAGCACUGCGUCUACACCGCUCGUAGUACUGCCGCGACGCGACGGGAAAGGCCCUUUGCAGGACGGAAAUCAGUUGUCGCUUCGGGAACAGGAAAGCGUAAUCGAUAAAAUCGAAAAGGAAAACUUCGGCCUCAAACUCAAGAUCCAUUUCCUCGAGGAGGCUUUACGAAAGGCUGGUCCCGGCUUCAGCGAGGCGGCAUUAAAGGAGAACACCGAGCUGAAGGUCGACAAGGUGACCAUGCAGAGGGAGCUUCACAAGUAUAAGAAGCACCUGACAUCAGCCGAGAAAGACCUUGAGAGCUACCGACAGCAGAUGAUGGAAUUACAAGAGAGGGCCAAGCGGAAGUAUGCAGACCAGAAACAGUUGGCAGAGAUUGAGCGUCUGCAGCAAGCGUUGGAGGACCGGGAAGCUGAUCUCGACGACAUGCAGCGCCAGUUGAGUCAGGGACAGCACGACCAAGGGCAGGUGGACAAGCUGCAAGAUGAGAUAGGUGACCUGGAAGCGGAACUCCGCGAAAAGGAGCGCCUUCUUGGGGACCAUGAGGACGAGAUUGACGACCUCAAGGCGAAGCUGGAAGAGGUGGAGGACAAGAUGAAGGAUGCUCAAAGGCGAAUGAUCGAGCUUGAACAAAACGGACAGUCUAACGACGAUUUGGAGGAAGCGAGAGACACCAUCGACGAUCUAGAAACCAAUGUCCGUCGCUUGGAAGAGCAAGUUGAAGAGAUGAGAGACAAACUCAACCAGGCCAUUGCAGACAAGGAGCAAGCAAAGGGUGAUUUGGAAGAACUCCAAGAGGAGUUGGCAAACAAGUCUAUAGCCACCAAGGGGCUCUCGCGUCAAAAGGAGGAGAAGCUUUUGCGCCUGCAAGCUGAAUUGGAGGAAGCCGACACAAGAUUCGCCAGCGUCGAAAAGCAGCUUUCCGAAACGAUCAAGGAGAAUGACGAGCUCAAGAACGCUGCCAAGGAAGAUCGCCGCGCACACGAAGCCUCAGAGCGCGACCAUCAGUCGCAACUGGCCAGAAUCGAACAGCAGCUUUCCGGUGUAACGACAGAGAAGGACAGUCUCAAGAAUGCCGCGGAUGAGGGUCGUCAAGAACGGGAAUUUUCUGACCGCGAACGCAAAUCGCUUUUGAUUCAAGUAGACGACCUCAAAAGGGACUUGGAGUCCAGGCUAGACGAGAAGAAUCUAUUGCAGAGUCGUCACGAGGCCUUGACAGGCGAGUCUGACUCUCUCCAACGAGACGUGGCACGCCUUCAAAAGACCGUGGCUGACUUGGAGGAGAGCCUCGCCCAAGAGCGGGACCAUGCCCUUGAGAUUGAAAGGGAUAUCCGCAGCCAAUACAGAGAUGAAAUCGACAGACUCAAUGACGAGGUCUCGGACCUUCGGGCUGAAAUCCGUGAGAAGGACAACCUCUACGACAACGACAGCGAAAAAUGGGAGACGGAUCGCCAAACCCUGGAGUCGGAACGCAGACGGGCGGAAGAGAAGGCCUUAGGGCUAGAAAGGACGAUCGCAAAACUGCGCGAGGCUGAAGGCAACCUAUCGACCAAGGAAUCAAGAUUGCAGGAAGCACUGGAGAGUGAAGCUCAACGCCACAAGGACGAACAAGCAUCCCUCACAAGGCAAAUCGAAGACCUUCAGCACAACCUCGAGUCACGCCAGUCUAUGCUCACUGAGUUACGGAAUGAACUGUCACAAGUUCAGGAUGAGCUUCGUCAGACUCAGCUAGACUAUCAAGCGCAGACUGAGAAGAUUGAGGGGCUGGAGGAUGAGGUGGAGGUCCUUCAAACCACUUUGGACGAGGAAUCAGAACACUCCCGUAAGGAACUGGAAGCCGCAACGAAAGAAUGCGACGUUUUGAAGUUGGAACUGGAUGAGCUACAUCGUGGAACGGCCUCGGUCUCACAAGAGAAUGCCAGCAAGUCGAAUCAAGCCAUCGAACGACUCAGAGCCCAGCUUGACGAGGCAACAUCACUCGUGUCUAAGCUAAACAAGGAGAAAGAAGCGCUCCAGGAUAGGCUUCAAACUCAAAUCUCUGAGUCGACUGUGCAGGUGAACAGGGUUUCUCGCGAAAAGCAGACACUGCAAGAUCAACUCGCCAACCUGAACCUCGAAAUGCACUCCUUGCGCAGCUCGUUGGCCGAGGCAAGGGCGGAGCGAGAUGAGGUUGAGAGCGAGAUGAGGCGCCUGCACCAGAAUGGCGAAGAGACACUCCGCAUCGAUCGAGAGCGCCUAGACUUGAGGACGUCUAAGCUUAAGCUUGACAAUGAAGUACGGAGACUCAAGGACGAGAACGCCGCUCUGGCGGAGCAAAUGCAGUCCGUCGAAAAGUCGCUCGAGGACGAAAUCGAGAAGGCCGCCGAAGAGGAGGAUCGCCUCAACCAGGAAAUUCGCCAGCUUCAAGUCAAGCUACGGGAGGUGUCUUCAUCAGAAGGCCAAGAAACAGUCGCCACACGACGCACGAUACGAGAGCUCGAGCGGCGAAUCAGGGACUACGAAGACCAGCUCGCGAUGACGCAACAACUUCCCGCUAAUAUCGGUGAGGGUAACAGCGAUAUUUCCAUCAUUCGCCGUGAUCUCUCAACGGCACGACAGAAGGAGCGUGAGCUCCUCCAACGAGAGGCAGCCCACAAGGAUGUCGUCAAGGGUCUAAAGAAGCAAAUCGUAGAGCUGGAGCGGAAAGCUCACGAUGCUGAAAUGUCCCGUCUCAUCACGUCUCCUGCAUCAUCGAGCCCUUCGGCCAGGAAAUCCGAAGUCUCUGAGCUGCGCCAUCAACUUUCUACAGCACAGCAAUCAAUCCAGGCGUUCAAGACCAAGGCGCGUGACGCAGAACGCAAAGCCUCUCAGUUCGAGCAUGAUCUACAGACCCAGCUUGAUGAUCUGGAGGACCAGAAGCUCGCUCUGGAGCAGGCCCUGGAGGAUGUGCAGCGCGAUGCCGAUGAAGCUGCUCUUCUCCAUGAAAAGGCUCUCCGUCGUCUCAAGCAAAAGCUUGAGAAGGCAGAGCAAGACCGGCAGCUUGUGGCCCACGGCCGUCAUAACAUCGAAAGCAUGUCAUCCUCCGAGAAAAGAGAUCUCCAGGAAUUGCUUCAUAGGACACAAAGCGAGGCAGACGCGCUCGAACACGACGUCAUCCAGCAACAAGAGACCAUUGACGAACUGACGGCCGCCGAGGGCUCGCUUCGUCGCAAGCUCGACAGGGCACGUAGUGAGCGGGCGGCCUACCGCCUAACCGCAGAGAAGCUGCAGAAGGACAUCAGAGACCUCAAAGUGCUGGCCGCAGCUGAGAAGAAGAACCCGCGGGCAGUCCGCCUCGCCGCCGAGACGGACGAGAGAAUGAGGCAGACGGAUGAGGCGCUCGAGACCGUCAUCCGCGCUGCCGAGAACGCAGACGCAAAGCACACCAAGGAGCUCCGCGGCAUGACGCUGCAGAUGGAGUGGAUGCAGGCGCGGUGGAAGCGUGAGGUCAGCAUGCGCGCCGAUGCGGCGUACGCGAAGAAGUUCUUGCAGCUGGAGCUCGACAUUGCCAACGCAUGCAACAAGGCUCAGCUGCGUGAAUUGGAGCAGAUUCGCUGCGAGCUGCUCGGCAGCCGCCGGCCCCUCCCACCCCCCUCCUCGACGACGGCGAAGAAGCAGGGCGGCAGCGGCACAACGACGUCCCGCCGACCGACGCUCAAGACAGUGGCGACGAUGGCCCGCUUCAUCGCCAGGAUGCAAAUCUCGGCGCGCGAAUGGGCCAAGCACGAGGCCACGCGCCAGAAGCUGGCUAACUGCAUUGACGAGAUGCGCAAGACCAAGAGGCGGAAUCAACUCAAGGUUGUGCAUGCGGACGACGUUGCGGCCUGA